UAUUAGAAGUUGAGUAAAAAUAAGAAAAACCCCUCAUGAUGAAAAUCGACAAAGAGAUUUCUCACCCAAUCCAUCCACUGCACAAGCUAAAGCUUGAAUACACAGAGAUCCCAUUCAAUUGUGAUGGGUGCAAAGAAGCUGGUAUUGGCCUCAAAUACAAAUGCCAGCAAUGCGAGUUUGACUUGCAUAAGGCCUGUGCUGUGGCACCCCCAAUUAGUAUUAUUCAUCAUCCUUUUUACGAGAAAUGUGAGUUCCAAUUUCACUAUAAUCCCCCUGGUGCAGCUAGGAGAAUAUGUGAUGCAUGUAGGAAAGAUGUUCUGGGGUUUGUGUACCACUGCAAAAGAUGUGGUUUUGAUCUUCAUCCUUGCUGUGCAAACCUCCCACAGGUCCUAAACGAUGGGGAAUACAACCUUUACUUGUGCCUCAAGCUCUCUAGUUCAUGCCAUCGUUGUGGGGGCAAAGGACAUGGUUGGUCUUAUAGGUCCCACUGCAAAACCUAUCACCUACAUGUGUCAUGUGUUAAGGAGUUGCUUGUGGAGAACUGGCAGGCUAUGUAUCUUAAUGUAGACAAGAACAAGGUCAGGGAAAUGCAAACUAGGAUCCCAAGCCUUAAAGGGACACUUAAAAACUAUCAUGGUCAUGGAGCAGGGAGAGGAGGAAAGGUGAGCAAGUGCUGUCAGAUUGCUGGUGGAGCUAUUCGUGUUAUUGUCUCUGCCAUCUUGGGGGAUCCUACAGCUAUAAUAGCUGCAGUGGUUGGGGGUUUCAUAUCCAAGUAGGUAGAACUGUGCAAAACACCA